AUGGUGUUCAUGCCCGCACCUGGCUACCAUCCCUGCUACAACCCGACGCUGCCCUUCUGCCAACCCAUACCAUGUGCCCUGAACGUCGGUUCAUCGAUCUACCUCCAGGGCAUAGCCUGCAACGACAUGACAAGGUUUGCAGUGAACUUUGCCUUGGGGCCGAACCCAGGGGCCGACAUCGCCUUCCAACUCAACCACCUCUUUGACAACUUGGCCAAGGUGGUCUUCAACUCUCUGCUGUCGGGUCAGUGGUGCGAGGUGCAGGAGGAAAGGAGGACGCUCUUCAAAAGGGGGGAGCACUUCGAGCUGCUGGUGAUGGUCAUGGAGGAGCAUUACAAGGUGCUGGUGAACGGAAGUCUUUUCUAUGAGUAUGGGCACCGGAUCCCCUUCCAGCAAGUCACCCAUCUGAAUGUGGAUGGGGACGUGACCCUUCAAUCUAUUAACUUCUUUGCCAGCGGUCCCCCCUACUUAGGGGUGCCCAUGCCUCCCAUGGAAUUCUAUGGUCGUGAAAUUGAAAUCCUACCACCAGUAAAUCUGCCUGCCAUGGAGGCACCCCCAGUCUUCAACCCGCCUGUGCCAUUUAUGCGGAGACUUCAGGGGGGACUGAUGACCCGCAGAACCAUCAUCAUCAGGGGCUUCAUCCCCUGUCCAGCAUAUAGUUUCCAGAUCAACUUCUGUGUGGGAACCACAGGGGACAUAGCUUUGCACAUCAAAUCACGUAUGAAUGAGUGUGUCGUCGUGCGGAACACUUUCCAGAGAGGUUGCUGGGGGCCUGAGGAGAGCUGCAUUCCCUUCAAUCCCUUUGUUCCAGGACAGUACUUUGAUCUGUCCAUCCGCGCCAGCACCUAUAAGUUCAAGGUAUUUGCCAACGGCCAGCACAUCUUUGACUACAGCCAUCGCAUGUUGGCAACCAUGGUGGAUAUACUGGAGAUCUGUGGGGAUGUCGUCCUGUCCUAUGUCCAGAUCUGA